AUGCGGCUGCGAGACCGCAUUGCCACAUUCUUCUUCCCAAAAGGCAUGAUGCUCACCACGGCUGCACUGAUGCUCUUCUUCUUACACCUGGGCAUCUUCAUCAGCGACGUGCACAACUUCUGCAUCACCCACCACUACGACCGCAUGAGCUUUCACUACACGGUCGUCCUGAUGUUCUCCCAGGUGAUCAGCAUCUGCUGGGCCGCCAUGGGGUCACUCUAUGCUGAGAUGACAGAAAACAAGUACAUCCGCUGCUCUGCCCUGACCAUCCUGAUGCUCAACGGAGCCAUGUUCUUCAACCGCCUGUCCUUGGAGUUUCUGGCCAUCGAGUACCGGGAGGAGAACCACUGAGGCCUGGGGAGUCGGAACAGGGCUGAGGCUGAACAAAAAGGCUGCCUCGGGCAUUUUAAUAAAGUUGUUUAUUUCCA